AUGGACACACGAAACCGCUUGUAUAUCAUAAGCUCCUUCGUUCUCGGAAUUGUUUUAACUCUUGGCUUCAAAGACUUAUACCCUGAUCUGCAACAUCAUUUCCGUAUCUGCCACCAUGUGACGUUACCGGCUCCGCGUGACAUUGCAGCAGCAGAAGAAAUCAAAGAUGGUAUCGAAGGUUGUAUUGGAAACACGCCUCUUAUCCGCAUCAAAAGCCUGAGCGAUGCCACCGGGUGCGAGAUCCUCGCGAAAGCCGAAUUCAUGAACGGCGCUGGGAAUUCUCCCAAGGACCGUGUUGCGCUCAAUAUUAUUACAGCUGCAGAGCAAAAUGGCCUGCUCACACCGAAUGCUGGCGACGUCAUUUACGAAGGCACCGUUGGCAGCACUGGCAUUUCUCUUGCAGCCAUCUGCCGCGCGCGGGGCUAUACCGCGCACAUAUGUAUGCCAGACGACCAGGCGACUGAGAAGAGUGACCUGCUUCUUCGCCUAGGAGCUGUAGUUGAGCGUGUGCGGCCUGCGAGUAUAGUGGACAAGAAUCAAUUCGUAAAUCGAGCGCGGACAAGGGCGCAAGAGCAUACGAAUAGCCAAGAGAAGCCUGGGCGCGGUGUUUUUGCAGACCAAUUUGAAAAUGAGGCCAAUUGGGCGGCGCACUUUGAGGGUACCGGGCCUGAGAUUUAUGCGCAGUCGGGCGGGCGAGUGGACGCAUUUGUGGCCGGUGCUGGUACUGGUGGUACCAUAUCAGGGGUGGCCAGGUUUCUUAAACCACUGCUUCCAGAUAUGAAGGUUGUAAUAGCUGAUCCUCAAGGCAGCGGACUCUACAACCGAGUAAAAUAUGGAGUCAUGUUUGACCCAAAGGAACGCGAGGGGACAAGGCGACGGCACCAAGUUGAUACAAUUGUGGAGGGUGUUGGUAUCAAUCGUGUGACGAAGAACUUUGAAGCCGGAAGGGAAUUGGUGGACGAUGCGAUCCGAGUGACAGAUGAGCAAGCCAUCGAUAUGGCGCGGUGGCUGGUCGAGAAAGACGGUAUUUUCGUGGGGAGUAGCAGUGCUGUUAAUUGUGUGGCUGCUACGCAGUUAGCAAAACAGCUGGGACCUGGACAUAGAAUCGUCACGAUACUGUGUGACAGUGGGACACGGCAUUUAAGUAAAUUCUGGAAAGAGGCUGGAGUUAUUGGUGGUGGUGCAGACUUGAAGCUCGACCACGUCUUCAAUGCCAAGUGA